UCAGUCGCGUAUUGACGGGGCGGGGCGGAAGUUCGUCGUCGUAUUUCCGAAAUAUGUCCGAACAGCAGACGGAUUCGUACGACUCGAGACCGGUAACGUCGAAGAAAUCGGAGAGACCGCCGUUUAAAUUGUGUUUCUCGAAGAAGGAGCAAACCGGAAAAUCCAAAGCUAGCGUGUCAAAAACGGACGCGGACUUCGUCACGCCGAAAUUCUACUCGAGGGAAUUCGAGGACGCGCGGAAUGCUGACGUAAAUGACACGCUCGAGAGAAUUGCUGCGGAACAGGAUGGAAAUCCGAGGCGUCUUUAUCAGUCACCAUUCUUGACCAGCCACACUUAUGGUUGGUGGCACGACAAAGGAAUACAUCCGAAGGACACGCGAUUCAAUUUUCAUAAGAGAACAUCGGACCUGGUGAGCUUUCAGAUGAAAAUUUACGCCGAGGAUCGAAAGUUGAAAGGUCUUAAACAAUAAAUUGAUAAUUAUAACGAUUCAAUUUAGCAAGU